AUGGCGCGUAGCGGCGUGGAGGUGAUCGCCAGCAGGGGCUGCUCCAGGCUGCUGCUCCCCGGGAUGCAGCCCUCCUCCGCGUCCGCCGCCUCCUCCUCCUCCUCCGUCUCGGCCUCCGUCUCCCGCGCCGCCGCCGCCCGGCGACCCACUGGCGGCGGGCCCUUCGCCGGCCUCGUCGUCUGCGUCACCGGGCUGUCCAAAGAGGCGAGGGGCCAGGUGAAGGAGGCGGCGGAGAGGCUGGGCGGCGAGUACAGCGGGAGCCUGCACCCCAAAUGCACCCACCUCGUCGUGCAGAGCUUCGCCGGCCGCAAGUUCGAGCACGCGCUGAAGCACGGCCCCACCAACGGCCUCUUCGUUGUCACGCUGGGCUGGUUCGUCGACUGCGUUCGGAGGAACAUGAGGCUGGACGAGUCCCUGUACAGCAUCAGGAACAUCGGGGAGAACGGCCGGCCGCUCGGGGAGUUCAACCGGCUCGCUGGACCUCCUGUCAGCGAGAAGUCGUGCCUCCCGCCGAUGGUGUUUCAGGACAAGGCGUGCUCGGACGCAACCCAGAAGCGUCGGCUCCAGGCUCAUAGAGAAGAACCUGAACAGGAUUUGUUCGUUUUCGCGAACCACACCAUCUACAUUGACCCCGGGAUAUCUGGGGAGAUGAAGAAGAAGAUAUCUGAUGCUGCUACUAAAGAAGGUGCAAAAUUGUUGGACCACUGGUUUAUCGGUUGCCAUGCCACGUAUGUUGUCUGUGAGGAUAUUUCUGUCAAGAGAUAUGUUGGUCACUCAGACAACAUUGUAACACCGCUUUGGAUCUUGAAAACAGUCAAGGAAAAGAACUUGCAGCGUCUGGUCCAUUUGUCUUCAGACCUUGCUAGACAGGUUGCCAUGGUUCUUGAAAACUUCCACACAUCUCAAGAGAAUAGAAAACUUGGGAGUGUUCCUUCUCUGAACUCAAACUCCAGCGGACUGCUUUCAAACCGAGAGGAGAUAGAUGAAACACAUCAGGAGAGACAGAAAUUUGUUGAAGUAGCAAAAAGGGAUAUUCGAGAGCGUCGUGUUCGUCGUAUGCAGUCAUGUGAAGUGCCAAUCCAUCCGCUCACACCUGCCACACUUCUGGAUUCAAUCUGCUGGACAAUAUCUGAGCCAACUACAUCAGCAUCUAUUUAUACGGAUUCGUCGUGGUCUGAUGAUGCCAAUGAGCAGCAAAGCACCACUUAUUUUGAUGCAGAUGGGGAUGGAAAGGAUCGAGACCAAUCAGCUGAUAAUUUGUCCCGCCCGCUAAGAGAAAGUGAGAGAAGUGAGGUAAUAUUUAAGAACCAUUUCUUUACCAUACUCUUCCCUCUGGAUCGCUUUGGCGAGCUUGGACCUUCCUCGAGGAAUUUCUUUAGCAAUGGUGGCUUUACACGUGCAGAAAUAUUGGAUCACAUCUACAAUUUCUACCAGGAGAACAUGUCAAUCGAUGAGAUAAAUGUGGCCCUGCACACAGAUUCACGGCACGCUGAUCGACUCCGCUCCCUGUACGCAAGUGCUGAAUCUGUAGAAAAGGGUUUUGUAGCAUUCAAAAGAAUUGAUUUCUUGGGGAGCCGGAGAAGUUUUGAGGCACUAAAGCGCCUUAACAGAGAGAACAACAGCAAUGUAUAUGAGCUUGUGAUUAGGGCAUGAGCGGCACCCAUACUUGGUGCCAUUUAGUCAUAUUUAUUUGUUGAUUACAGGUUAAAAAUGGUGUAUCAUGUCCACGCAUGGAGAAUAAAAUUGUAGAGAAAUAACAUGCAGCUUUACGAAAAGGGUUCUGUGGUAGGAUUUUGUGCA